UUUCCCCUCGCAAAGUUUUUCUCGCCCCGCCCUUGGACACUACUGUAUUCGGCGCAGCGUUUUGCAGCACUGGCUAUAUAAACCUCGGCCCGUUCGCAGCACUAUAAACAUUGCAACAAAAAAGAUUAAAAAAGAAUCUUACGUGUGAAUAAUUAAGAAAAGAGAGCCAAGUCAUUUAAACCACCAAGCGCAGCUGGCUAAAAUGAGCCAGCGAUAAGCCGAACGAGCGCACCGAGAAAAGCAAUCGAUCUUUCCGCUGGCGCAGCGUCGCGAGCAAGAAGUAAAUAACACAACACGUCAGAAGUGGAAAGGCAGCAAGUGGACGAGGCACUUGAGAAGAUCGAAUUUAUUGGUGUAAAACCAUCAGCUCAGAGCUCCAUUCCCCGCCCCCGACCACGUAGAUAGGCGACGAUGAUGGCCAAAAGUUGGAUAUGCCUGCUGGCGCUACUCCUCGCCUGGCAGCUGCGGGCGGAGGAGCUCCAGGGGCCCAACACAGACGCCACUGGCAGCAGUACGGGCACCGGAACGGGUACGGGUACGGGUCUAGGCACUGGGACCGCCACGCCCACCCAUCCCAAUGAGCCUUCUACCCAGGCGGAGGCCGAGGAGGUGACCACGGCCGAGUCGGAGGCACGGGCUCCGACCGAGAGCAACGAACGCAAAGCGGCAAAGCCCAAGGAAUCCACGGAGUUUUCUCCCCGCACCAAGGUCAUGCCGGCUGCCCUGCUCGAACGCCUCUGGAACGACAGCCUGAUGAGGCAGCAAAAGCUAAAGGCCGAGAUCGAGCGGAUCGAAGCUAAGCGCCAGCCCACUGAGGUGUUGGAACCAACCCCAGAGCAGAUAGAAGCUCAAACCAUGUACGACAACGCCAUGGACAUGCUGGCCAAACCGCGCACGGACAAGAGGGUCGCCUUUACCCUGCUCAAAAAGGCCGCCGCCUUUAAUCACCUCAAGGCACGGGCUGAACUGGCCUGGGCCGUCCUACUGGGCCACUGGAUGGACUUUGAUUUCAACCAUGCCGCAGACGAGUUCGAGAGCCUGGUCAACGAAGGUGUCCCAGAGGCGCACAUGGGCCUGGGAUUCCUCUACUCGGCGGGGGUGGGUGGCAAGAACGUAAGCCAGCCGCUGGCCCUAAUUCACUACACGCUGGCCGCCCUGGGCGACAACACCCUGGCCCAGAUGGCCAUGGGCUAUCGUUAUCUGUACGGCAUCAAUGUGCCCAUCAGCUGUGAGAAGGCACUAAUUCAGUACAAGCGAGUGGCCAAGAAGGUUGCCUCCAAAAUAACCUUCGCCAAUGGUCCGGUUGUGCAUCGGGUGCGACUGUUGGACGAACUGGAGAACCCCGGCAGCCACGAGACGGAGAUUGUGGACUAUUACCAGCUACUGGCCGACAAGGGCGACGUCCAGUCGCAGGUGGGAUUGGGUCAGCUAUACUACCAGGGCGGAAAGGCCACCCAGCAGGAUCACCAGAAGGCCUUGGAGUACUUCACCCAGGCAGCUAAUGCAGGCAAUGCAAUCGGAUUCGCUUUUCUGGGCAAACUUUAUCUGGAGGGAAGCGAGCAAAUCAAGGCAGAUAAUGAUACUGCAUUUAAGUAUUUCUCAAAGGCCUCUGAGAUGGGCGAUCCAGUGGGUCAGAGCGGACUGGGCCUAAUGUACCUGAAGGGUCUGGGCGUGCCCAAGGACCCCAUCAAGGCCUUAUCCUAUUUCACACAGGCUGCCGAUCAAGGAUGGGUGGAUGGACAACUUCAGCUGGGCAACAUGUAUUUCACUGGAAAUGGCGUAAAAACAGACUACAAGCUCGCUCUGAAGUAUUUCAACUUGGCCACCCAGUCAGGCCACGUUUUAGCUUACUAUAACCUGGGAGUGAUGAAUGCCUAUGGCAUGGGAAUGCUACGUUCAUGCCCAGCAGCGGUUGAAUUUUUCAAGACCGUCUCAGAACGUGGUCGCUGGAGCAGCCGACUGAUGCACGCCUAUAGCGAUUACAAGAAGAACCGCAUCGACGAGGCUUACAUGCAAUACUCCCUGAUGGCCGAAGUGGGCUACGAGGUGGCCCAAAGUAACGCUGCCUUUUUACUUGACCGCGAGGAAGUGCAUGUGUUCAACGAUCGGCACGAGGAUCUGAUUCGCGCAUUCUAUUACUGGAAACGGGCAGCCGGUCAGGGCUACUCGGCGGCCCAAGUCAAGCUGGGCGACUACUAUUAUUACGGCUGGGGUACCUCCACGGACUUUGAGACAGCAGCCGCUCUUUACAGGAAAGCAUCGGAACAGCAGUACAAUGCACAGGCCAUGUUCAAUCUGGGCUACAUGCACGAGCAGGGACUGGGCAUGAAGAAGGACUGGCAUUUGGCCAAAAGACUGUAUGAUCUGGCUGCCGAGACCAACUCGGACGCCAAGGUGCCAGUGGCCAUUGCCCUCUUCAAGCUGCAAAUGCUGGCCAAGAUUGAAUCAAUUAAGGAGUCACCUUACAGGUUCAUCUUCUACAUGGAUGAAAAUAUAGCUGCCAAUUGGGAUUUGUACAUGAUUACCGUUUUGACUCUUCUGUUGGGCAUCAUUAUGUACAUGAGGCGACCAUUCCAGCAGCCGGAUCAGCCGGCCCAGCAGCCUGCUGCAGAUGACAUUGCUGCAGCGCCGGUCAAUCUGGCGCCGGUGGGAGCGGAGGCAGCAGCUGUAGCCGGAGUUCUUGACGGCGAGGCCGCCGUGAGAGCCACACCCGCCGCCACCGCAGUUGCUCCUCAAGCUCCUUCUGCUGCCACGUCCCAUUCUGCGGAAACCUCCACGACGACUGCGUCGAAUGCCGAUGCAGCGUCGCCAGGCGACAGUAGCUCAACAUCAGCGGCGCCGGAUGGCGUCCACUCACUCGAUCCCACUGAUUAGUUUUAGUGAAUUGGUUAAUCAUCCCUAUAGGUUAAUUAGUGUGCGUGUAAAUAUUUAUCAUCUAAUUUCGCCCGAUUUAAUAUUUUUUAUUAAUUCUAAAAUCGACUUUUUUAGAUAUUUAAAAAAUAUCGUACUCAGAAUGUGAAUGUUGUACUGAUAAACCAAUGAAUCGAUCGACAUUUGAUA